GUUUCAUAUUGAGUAUGAUAUCUAACAAAGAAUGUUUCAUAUUGAGUAUGAUAUCUACCAAAGAAUGUUUCAUAUUGAGUAUGAUAUCUAACAAAGAAUGUUUCAUAUUGAGUAUGAUAUCUAACAUAGAAUGUUCAGGUAUGCCAUCUUACAAAUAUUUUUUAAUCACAAGUAUAUUAUCUUACAAUGAUUGUGAAUAUUCCCUAUCUAAGUUUGCAUGAUAUUCUCCUUGAAGUGUUUUACAUGCAAGGUUUGAGUCUUGGAGAUUUGGUAGUAUUUCUUGCCCUGCUGUCAAUCCAUUGUUUGUGCCCUCUAUGUUAAUAAACCUUGGCACUUUGGUUAACUAUUGUUCAUCUCAAUCAUUUGACAGACCUGUGCUUAACUUGUCCCGAGGACCUCCCAUCGUGUAUACAUAAAGGUGGCGCAGUACCGUUUACAUAUCUCUAAAAACACACUUAUCUUUCAGAAACUCUCUCACCUUUUCUGUCUACCCAUCUCUCUUUUCUGUCUACACAUCUCUCUUUUCUGUCUACCCAUCUCUCUUUUCUGUCUACACAUCUCUCUUUUCUGUCUACACAUCUCUCUUUUCUGUCUACACAUCUCUCUUUUCUGUCUACACAUCUCUCUUUUCUGUCUACCCAUCUCUCUUUUCUGUCUACCCAUCUCUAUUUUCUGUCUACCCAUCUCUCUUUUCUGUCUACCCAUCUCUCUUUUCUGUCUACCCAUCUCUCUUUUCUGUCUACCCAUCUCUCUUUUCUGUCUACCCAUCUCUCUUUUCUAUCUAUCCAUCUAUCAUGUCAUUAUUUCCCUCUCUAAAUCUCCAUCUACACUCCACAGGGUAUAACAGCUACUAUGGAAGAAUUCACAUAUCGCCGAUUUAAUGUAUAGCUAGGAGAGAGUAUGGCUUACCAACUUUAAAGGUUUACACUUUUUUGUAAAAUGAAUCAAGUUUAUUUGAUUAUGUUGGGUUUUUAAUAAAGUAUGAAAGUUUUGAUGUUGCUAUUAUUUAAAUAAACUGGUGUUACACAUCCACACCCCCCCCCUCCCCCUUAUCUCUCUUACCGCCCGCCUCCCCACAGACUGACAACCACAAACAGCCAGACAUUUACUAAACAGACACCCACGGCACUCCACCCUACCUCCUGAAGUACAACCUCUCCUUCAGUGUGUCAAGGUUACGCACUCUUCCCCACGAACUCCAUCUUAACCUGUGGAUUUACAUGUGACAGCAAAAGUCAAGGAAUGAAUGCGCUGUGACGUUGCCCAGUUGGAAGGCAGAAUAAGAUGGCCUCUGGGUCAAAGUCAGUAUUAUUUGUUAUAAUUGCAACAACCAACAUGCCACCGAACAAAGGCUCAUGCCCUUGGUUUCUAUACUGGCAACUUAUGUUUCAAAUGUGAGAAUAUUUGUACAAACACAGUUGUUUAUGCUCGCUUCAACAGCUUUUCGUGAUAUUAUUUAGCUUCAAAGGUGCAGGAUUUCCUUCAAAUCAACCAACAAGUGAGAAAGUAAGUGCAGCAGAGAGAAAGAAAAUGAUCUUUAUUCAUUCAUUGUCCUCGUUCUUUUCCAUUCCACUCCACACUGUUAUUACUGUCAACUUCUUUUCCAUUCCACUACACACUGUUAUUACCGUCAACGUCAGACGGAUUCUUUCUUUCAGGGGCCUUGUCGUCAAAAUCACCAAGCUGUAUAGGUGAAGGUUGAAUAAAUAAAUAAAUAAAUGACAUUUCACAGAUCCCCCUCCUUCUCCCCGACCCCUCCCAUCCUCAGCCCCCUCUCCACUCACCUGCCUCAUUCCUCCUGUGUACCUCCCCUUGGGCAGGUAACCCAGUCGGGUAUAUAAAUAUAUUCAAACCUUAGUUAGCUAUCCAGGGAGCUCUGGGGUGACUCCAGACGUCGAGAAGUGAGAGAGAGAAGUGUAAACGUGUAACAGGUGGAGUUUCUCAGGAUAAGGAGCAAGUAUAUUCUCUUUACAAACCACUGGGAUUGAGAGUCCUAGAACAGCAGUGCAAGGAUGGGGCUUGGAAAGGGGAAAGAUGAUUAUAAGCUGGCGGCAACCUCCGAGGACAAUGGAAAUAAAAAGAGCAAAAAGGAGGUGAAGAAAGCAAAGGAGAAGAAGGACAUGGACGAUCUGAAAAAGGAAGUUGACCUGGAUGACCACAAGUUGACCUUGGAUGAACUUCAUAGGAAAUAUGGCACAGACCUAGCCAGGGGUCUAACCUCAGCUCGGGCUAAGGAGAUCCUCCUUCGUGAUGGCCCCAACACCCUGACCCCUCCUCCCACUACCCCUGAGUGGGUGAAGUUCUGCAGGCAGCUCUUUGGUGGGUUCUCUAUGCUCCUAUGGAUUGGUGCUAUGCUCUGCUUCCUGGCCUACGGAAUCCAGGCCGCCUCCGAGGAUGAGCCGGCCAAUGAUAAUUUGUACCUGGGUGUUGUGCUCUCUGUUGUCGUCAUUGUCACUGGCUGUUUCUCCUACUACCAAGAGGCCAAGAGCUCAAAGAUCAUGGACUCCUUCAAGAACCUGGUCCCACAGCAAGCCCUGGUUGUCCGUGACGGUGAGAAGAAGAACAUCAACGCUGAAGAAGUGGUGGUUGGAGAUCUGGUGGAGGUGAAAGGAGGAGAUAGGAUCCCAGCUGAUUUGCGUAUUGUUUCUGCCAGCGGCUGCAAGGUGGACAACUCCUCCCUCACUGGUGAAUCUGAGCCCCAGACACGUACCCCGGAUUUCUCCAAUGACAACCCCCUGGAGACAAGGAACAUUGCCUUCUUCUCUACCAACUGUGUUGAAGGAACUGCCAGAGGUAUCGUCAUCAACACUGGUGACCACACUGUCAUGGGUCGUAUCGCCACCUUGGCCACGAGUCUGGAGGGUGGGAAGACGCCUAUAGCCAAAGAGAUUGAGCACUUUAUCCAUAUCAUCACCGGUGUGGCCGUCUUCCUGGGCGUGUCUUUCUUCGUCCUCUCCCUCAUUCUGGGAUAUGGUUGGCUGGAAGCUGUCAUCUUCCUCAUUGGAAUCAUCGUUGCUAAUGUGCCAGAGGGUCUCCUGGCUACUGUAACUGUGUGUUUAACUCUGACUGCCAAGCGUAUGGCCAAGAAGAACUGCCUGGUGAAGAAUCUUGAAGCUGUUGAGACCCUUGGCUCCACCUCCACCAUUUGCUCUGACAAGACCGGAACCCUGACUCAGAACAGAAUGACCGUUGCUCACAUGUGGUUCGACAACCAGAUCCAUGAGGCUGACACCACAGAGAAUCAGAGUGGUACCUGCUUCGACAAAAGCUCUGCCACCUGGGCUUCCCUGGCUAGAGUCGCUGGCCUGUGCAACCGCGCCGUCUUCCUGGCAGAACAGAACAACGUACCUAUCCUCAAGAGAGAUGUGGCUGGUGAUGCUUCAGAGUCUGCCCUGCUGAAGUGUAUCGAGUUGUGCUGCGGGUCUGUCAAAGACAUGAGAGAAAAGUACAGCAAGAUCGCUGAGAUUCCCUUCAACUCCACCAACAAAUAUCAGCUCUCCAUUCAUAAGAACAUCGUGGCCGGAGAGUCCAAUCACCUGCUGGUGAUGAAGGGAGCCCCUGAGAGGAUUCUGGACCGCUGUUCCACCAUUUUGAUCCAGGGCAAAGAACAGACUCUCAAUGACGAGUUGAAGGAAGCCUUCCAGAACGCUUAUGAAGAGCUGGGAGGGCUGGGGGAGAGAGUGCUGGGUUUCUGUCAUUUCCAGCUCCCUGAUGACCAGUUCGCUGAGGGCUUCCAGUUUGAUUGUGAAGAGGUGAACUUCCCAACUGAGAAUCUGUGCUUCGUUGGCCUAAUGUCCAUGAUUGACCCUCCCCGUGCUGCUGUGCCUGACGCUGUGGGCAAGUGCAGGAGUGCUGGAAUCAAGGUUAUCAUGGUCACUGGUGAUCAUCCCAUCACUGCUAAGGCCAUUGCCAAGGGUGUGGGAAUCAUAUCUGAAGGAAACGAGACUGUUGAGGACAUCGCUGCUCGUCUGAAAAUCCCCGUUUCUGAGGUCAAUCCAAGAGAUGCCAAGGCCUGUGUUGUCCACGGUGGAGAGCUGAAGGACCUGUCAGCUGAACAGUUGGAUGACAUUUUGGCCCAUCACACUGAGAUUGUGUUUGCCAGAACAUCUCCUCAGCAGAAGCUGAUCAUUGUGGAGGGUUGCCAGCGUCAGGGUGCUAUUGUAGCUGUGACAGGUGAUGGUGUGAAUGAUUCUCCUGCUCUGAAGAAGGCUGACAUCGGUGUUGCUAUGGGGAUCUCUGGAUCUGAUGUCUCCAAGCAGGCUGCAGACAUGAUCCUCCUGGAUGACAACUUUGCCUCCAUCGUGACUGGUGUUGAAGAGGGCCGUCUGAUCUUUGACAACUUGAAGAAGUCCAUUGCCUACACCCUGACCAGUAAUAUUCCAGAAAUCUCACCCUUCCUCCUCUUCAUCAUCGCCAACAUUCCACUGCCCCUAGGAACCGUCACCAUCCUCUGUAUCGACCUGGGAACUGAUAUGGUCCCAGCUAUCUCCCUGGCCUAUGAAGAAGCUGAGAAUGACAUCAUGAAGCGACAGCCCAGAAACCCCAAAACUGACAAACUGGUGAACGAGAGGCUCAUUAGCAUAGCCUACGGUCAAAUUGGUAUGAUGCAGGCCACAGCCGGUUUCUUCACAUACUUCGUUAUCCUGGCUGAGAACGGGUUCUUGCCCAUGGAUUUGCUGGGUAUGCGUGUGGACUGGGACAACAAGAUAAUGAACGACAUGGAGGACAGCUACGGCCAGCAGUGGACAUAUGAGCGCAGAAAGAUUGUGGAGUUCACCUGCCACACAGCAUUCUUCGCCAGUAUCGUGGUUGUACAGUGGGCUGAUUUGAUCAUCUGUAAGACCAGGAGGAACUCCAUCCUUCAGCAGGGAAUGAAGAACCGUAUUCUGAUCUUCGGACUGUUUGAGGAAACUGCCCUGGCUGUCUUCCUGUCCUACUGUCCUGGAAUGGAUGUCGCCCUCAGAAUGUACCCCCUCAAGCCUUGCUGGUGGUUCUGUGCCUUACCCUACUCUCUGCUCAUCUUCCUCUAUGAUGAGGGUAGGAGAUACAUCCUGCGACGAAACCCAGGAGGUUGGGUGGAACAGGAGACCUACUACUGACAAAAAGAGGCUAUCCCCAGGAUCACUCAACAUCACUCUGCUGCUACAUCUCAACCAACAACAUUACACUACAUUUCAAUCUGCUACAUUACCAUUACAUCCAAUGAACACUGUGAUGGUGCAAUCAGCUGCAUUGAGGAGUUCUUGAUUGUGAUAAUGCAAAUUGAAAUAAACAUCACUUCAACACUAA